CAUGACGUCGCGGGCAGAACAAGGUUACGGCUCGCUCAUUGCUCGUCAUUCGCAAACGCUUGCGUGAGCUUACUCGAUGUGACCCUCAAUUACGAGAUCGAGUGUCCGAUUGCAUCACGAUGCAGUGCGUCGCGCGAGUGAAGCGCGGGCGACUCGCCAGUUGGUUUCACCUUAUCAUCGGCUCGUCGUAUCAAAGUCCGCUUGGUAGAGGGGAAUGGGGGGAGCCAGCGCGUGUGUCCAACACGCCACACAGAUUCCGGCCUCAGCGACGAGCCGACGACGUUGUGAAACGUCAGGAGUCGCAUCUUCGCACCCGCAGUUGAUUCUCGUUGUCGUCAUCGCUGAUCGUCACGAAGAAGCUGCGCGGGCUGCACCGUUGGCUCUACCUCAUGGUUGCGAUCUCCAUGUGCCGCGCCGCCGCCGCCGCCGCCGCCGCCGCUGCCGCGGCCUUCAGGGCCGUAAUAUUGGGCGCGCCGGCCUCUGGCAAAGGCACCGUUUCCUCCAGGAUCGUCGAGCGAUUCGACGUCGCUCACAUCUCCAGCGGGGACAGGCUGCGCUUCCAUGUCUCCACUGGCACCGAUCUGGGUAAGGACGUCAAGAAAUACAUGGAUAGCGGCAGCUUCGUACCGGACGACACAAUGAUAUCCUUGAUCAGCCAUGAGAUCGAGUCGGUGGAGAGCCCAAAUUGGUUGCUGGACGGAUUCCCGAGGACGUUGGCCCAGGCGGAGCAGCUGCAGAGACUGCAUCCGAUCAGUGUUGUGUUGAACCUCGUGGUACCAACUUCCGUCAUACUGGACAGGGUGAAGAAUAGAUGGGUCCACCUGCCCAGCGGUAGGGUCUACAACAUCGGCUUCAACGAUCCACGAGUGCCGGGUAAAGACGAUGUAACCGGUGAGCCGUUAAGUCAGAGAGAGGAUGACAAGCCGGAAGUCGUACAGAAGAGGCUACAAGAUUACGCGACCAAGACUGAACCGGUCGUGCAGUUUUAUCGAGAUAUUAGGAUACUGAAAGAAUUCCGCGGUAACACCACCAACGAAAUGUGGCCGGCGAUCAAGGAUUUCGUGGCGCAACAUUUCUAACAUUUGAGCAAAUCGAAUGGUCACAUAGAUUCAAUACGUCUGGAUCUAUUGAACUCUUAGAUACAGCCUAUGAGAGAUAUUUUACUAUCCAUUCUGAUGCCCAAAGAUUCUUUUAUAUUCUCGUAUCUAGAAGUUGCAUCUCUCAAUUCCAAUUUUAUUAGGGAUAGUCUUUUCGUUUUUCCGUGUUUUUUAUUUGGUCCAAACGCUGCUAUUUUCAAAGAGUAAGUUCGAUCUUGAUAAAAGUUGAUAUACACAAUAAAGAAAUGUUGUUAACUAGUCUGGAAUUUAGAUUAAUUCUGGAUUAAAAUUAAGAACUCGUACUAUAACCACGGAAAUUGAAGGUUUUAAAAUACGAAAAGACUUUCCAAUACCUCUAAUACAUUGAAUAUUCUUAUAUAUUCUCGCAUCUAAAAAUUAAAGUAAGCAGAUCCGCUUGGAUCUAUCCAAGGCCGAUUCGAUUUACACACACUGUGUAUGAUCUCUACGUAAUGAGCAGGAACAUGUCUGGCGGCAACGACUGCGGUUACAACGGCCAAAAAUACGCUGCGCGUAUUUCGCUCGCGACGCACUUUCGUACGCACACGCGCGCCAUCGCGUUAAGCUGUAAAAUACACACCAAAGACAGCCAACUCCGACAUAUCGACAAUAAUAGCAAAUGUCUUCGAUAGAUGAAAGAUAAUCUAAACGAAAUAUCGUAGUGUAAUUCAUUCGCGGUUUAUCGUGUGAUGUUUUCUUUCUUUCUUUUUUCUAUUUUUUUACAAGUGAGUUUGCGCGAAUCUUGCCGCUGCUUAGCCAAAGUUCAAAGUAUAUAGUACAAAGUGACAAUUAUCGUUCGCGUUGAUUCACGAGAAGUGUACUCACGAACAUAUAAUUGCCAUACAUUUCCCUCACUUUAUUCCGUGCGUAUUGCGUUAUUGAUGUAAGAGAGAUAUAACAACAAUAUUUGAUAUUGUGUACAUUUUCAACAGUAUGAGUACAAUAUAUACGCAUACACAUACGUAUAUAAAUAUAUAAUAUAUAUAUAUAUAUACAUAUACAGGAUGAGAUACAUCCAAAAGAAUAUACCUAAAUAUUUCUGUUGCCUCUGACACAAUACGAAAAUACGGUCAAGUAUAAAGUUUUAUAGUUCGCAGGGACGGCUGUGGUUAAUAGGGACAAAAAUUCGCUUAAAAUUAUUGUUCUCGAGACUUUAAGAUCGUCGAAAUUCCUCGAAAUAUUUAGGUGUAUCCUGUAUUAGAUGCCUCAGCUUGUAUAUACCACACACUCGCACUCCCCGAACCUCCCGCUCGGUUUUCAACGCUGAAAUCACUUAGCGCCCAAUUACGUAUAAUAAUAAAUAAAUAAAUAAAUUAGCGCUUUAUUAAACUCCUCUAAAUAAAUCAGACUUGAUUACCGAGUAGAUAGCUCCUGCAUGAUCCACUCGAUCGUUGUUACAUACAUUAGAGAGAAUUCGCAAAUUAAAAUUUAAAAUUAUUAAGUAUCGUUAAGUAUCUGGGUGAUUUAACGAAAUCCUGACGCAUGCUGCAAGUCAUGAAAAAAAAAAAAAGAAAGAAAAACGC